CUCUCGCCCCGGCCCCCUCAAGGAGCCAUUUUUUUCUGCUGCCCACCUUCCCCCCCCCGGACGGAAUAUAAAUUCGUCGCCCGCUCGCCUCUCCCCACCAGCAAUCCGCUUCCGUCUUGCCUUUGGACUUUUGCAGUAUCCCGCUCAAAAGCGCUCUCCACCCGCGUUUCCAUCUGCUCCCCCAGUCUUCCCCAGCACUCAAGGAAAGCCUCCUUCCAACUUGAAUGAAGCAGUCCUCUGUUCUUUCUUGCCAAGUUCUUCCUCCCAUCAAACAACCAACCGCAGCACCAAAAUAAGAAAAUGGAUGUCUCCAAGAUUGAAAAGGACCAGCAGGAGUACCACGCCGCUGCCCCUCCCACCUUCUCCGCUCGCCUCAAGCGCGCCUUUGGCUUGAACCGUGGCCCCUCGAAGAAGGAGCAGGAGGAGGAGGAGCGUCGUCUGGCUGCUGUCGAUCACCUUGCCUAUGUCUCUGCCCUUGACCCCGAGACCGCCCUCGUCGCCAUUGGCUCCAGCACCCAGGGUCUGACCAGCAACGAGGCCGCCGAGCGCCUUGCCAAGCACGGCAAGAACACGCUCUCGGCCUUCAAGCCCGUGCGCUGGUGGACCCUGCUCUGGAACAGCAUUGCCCAUCCCUUCAACAUUCUCCUGCUGUUCUUGGCCAUUUCCAAUCUUGCCAUCCCUCCUGCGGAUUUCAGACCCUUCACCUACUUGAUGCUUAUGUUGGUCUUUGCCACCAUCACUCGUUUCUGGCAAGAGUCCUCCUCCAACAGCGCCGCCGAGAAGCUCAAGUCCCUGGUCUCGUCCCACUGCCAGCUGAUUCGUCGCCCCGACUCCUCCGUUCAAGGCUCGUCCACACCCGUCAACCAACUCGAUGUCGUCCCUGGAGACAUUGUCAAGCUCACUGCUGGUGUCGUCUUCCCCGGUGACUGCCUGAUCAUCUCUGGCCGCGACAUUUCUGUUUCCCAGUCGGCCCUCACCGGGGAGUCUGCCCCCGUCGACAAGGCCAGCGGCGCCAUCACCACGUCCACCCCCCUCUUUGAUCGUGCCAACAUUGCCCUGAUGGGAACCAGUGUUACUUCUGGCAUCGGCCUUGCCGUUGUCAUCGCCACUGGCGACUCGACCUACCUUUCCUUUGUCGCCAAGAAGCUCGCCGAGCGCCGCCCCAAGACCGCCUUUGACAAGGGUGUCAACUCUGUCAGUCUCCUGCUCAUCUACAUGAUGCUCGUCAUGACCCCCAUUGUGAUUUUGAUCCAAGGCUUCCGUGGCACCGGCGAUCACCCCUGGAUCGAUGCCCUCCAGUUCGGCCUCACCGUCGCCGUCGGUCUCAUCCCUGAAAUGCUUCCCAUGAUCCUGAACGCCAACCUGGCCAAGGGCGCCCUCUCGCUCAUCAAGCGCAAGACCAUCGUCAAGCAGCUCUCGGCCAUCCAGAACCUCGGUGCCAUGGACGUCCUCUGCUCCGACAAGACCGGCACCCUCACCCAGGACAUGAUUGUGCUCCAAGAAUCCCUUACUCCCGCCAAGACAAACUCCUGGACCCCUCUUGAGUGGGCCUCCAUCAACAGCCACUACCAGUCCGGCAUGCAGAACCUGCUCGACCGCGCCAUCGUCGAGGGUGCUCAGAAGCACUUCAAGAACCCCCAGGAGAUCCUCGAGCGCUACACCUUCAUUGAUGAAAUCACCUUUGACUUUGAGCGCCGCCGCAUGUCCGUGAUCCUCAUGCCCAAGGGCGUCUCGGAUGUCCACAUCCUCUCCUGCAAGGGCGCCGUCGAGGAGAUCAUUGCCUGCUGCACUCACUAUGCCGACAACAACGGCCUCCCCCAGCCCCUGACUGACGAGAUGAAGACCAAGUUCCUUGCCACCGUCGACGAGCUCAACUCGCAGGGCCUCCGUGUCCUCGGUGUUGCCACCCGCCGCUUCGAAAAGAUCCGCACUCAGUACCUCAAGACCGACGAGAUCGACAUGACCUUCGAGGGUUACCUUGCCUUCUGCGAUCCCCCCAAGGAAGAUGCCGCCGAGGCCAUCCGUCUCCUCAAUUCCAGACACGUCCAGAUCAAGGUCCUCACCGGCGACAACCUCAAGGUCUCUGUCAAGGUCUGCUCUGACGUCGGCAUCUCUGUCGAGCACGUCAUCACCGGCCAGGAGCUCGAGCUGCUUAACGAUGCCGACUUUGCCUUUGAGGUCGAGCGCUGCACCGUCCUCGCCAAGCUCAGCCCUAACAUGAAGCAGCGCGUCGUCCAGGCCCUCCAGAAGAACGACCACGUCGUUGGUUUCCUCGGCGACGGCAUCAACGACGCCCUGGCCCUCAAGUCUGCCGACGUCGGCAUCUCGGUCGACUCUGCCACCGAGGUCGCCAAGGAAGCUGCCACCGUCAUUCUCCUGGAGAAGAGCCUCCUCAUCCUCGAGCGCGGCGUCGUCAAGGGCCGCCAGACCUACGGAAACACCAUCAAGUACAUCAAGAUGGCUGCCUCGUCCAACUUUGGCAACGUCUUCUCGGUCGUCAUUGCCUCGAUCUGGCUCCCCGGAUUCCAGCCCAUCACCCCGCUCAUGCUCCUGACCAACAACAUGAUCUAUGACAUCUCCCAGGCCGCCAUUCCCUGGGAUCGCAUGGACCCUUCCUUCCUCGAGCGCCCCAAGCGCUGGGCUUCCAGGGAUCUCCUCCGCUUCAUGUGCUGCAUCGGCCCGCUCUCGUCCAUCUUUGACUGCGUCACCUUUGCCAUCGGACUCUACUACUGGCGCUGGACCGAUCCCAACAACAACAGCACCGUGGCCAUGUUCCAGACCUCGUGGUUCUUUGAGAGUCUGCUCACCCAGACCCUGAUCAUCCACGCCGUCCGCACCGAGAAGAUUCCCUUCAUCCAGAGCACCGCUACCGUCCCGGUCCUGAUCAUGACCACCGCCCUGAUUGCCGUCGGCACUGCCAUCCCAUACACCCCGCUGGGCCCUCUCCUCGGCAUGCAGGUCUUCCCAGUCCUCCAGUACGGAUUCACUGCCUGCUGCAUGCUUGCCUACUUUACGCUUGUGCUGCUGGUCAAGACCGUCUACAUCAAGGUCUUCAAGAACUGGCUGUAAACCAACGAUCCUUCCCACAGACAACCAACUUACCACAGACAACCAACUCUCCCAGACAAACCCGCUCGCCUCUCAUUCGUUUUUUUCGUGGUGUUUUCUCUUGCAAUGUGAACCCAUCCCUUUUUGAAAUACAAUUGAUUGAGCCUCGAA